AUGGAGAUAGUGUUUUCCAAUGGCGCCCGGCUCAGGUUGUCUGGCGAGGAGAGAGGAGGCAGACGUUCACCUCUGAUGGAGCUCGAGCAGGAGCUGCUGGCUCCAGUGCUUCCCUUGUGCCUGUUGGCCUGGCACUGGCUGCUCACAGAUGACAGGAGUGGGAGUCACACAAUCAUCGACCUCUGCAGCGACAACAGCCCGAUGAGAGGUUUAUUAGCGGCCUGUUGUAAAAACCCACCAGAGGAAGUGAACAGAUUGGAGAAAGGUGGGUCUGAGCACGGAGCCAAGACAGAGCGUUCCAAGACGGAGGAUGCACUGGUCCCCUGUGGACACCGGAGAAACAGCGGCGCGGGCCACACCAGAGCGCAGCCGAAACCCAACGCUCAUUAUGACACUGCGGCCGCGCGCUGCCAGGAACCUAUUCCUCACUAUUAA